GCCACCAGUUGAACCGGAAUCCAGUUAAACUGGAACACCGGAACCAUUUAUGAGCUGACGGUGUUUCUUUACGACACCGUUUUCUGCCGGAACGUAUCUGAAGUAUUUACGUUUACUUUCCAGAUAGUUAAUUAUGUCUCCAUUAAGCAGAACGCGUUUCAUUUGAGAGCAUUUUACCAAGCAAUGUUGGGUGUUGGCCUUACAUCUGUCAUUGCCAACCUAUUAACUAAUCUUUGUUCUGCAUCUGUUCACUGAGAGGAAUAUGGCUGUGUUCCCUCCCGGAGCGGCGCAGGGUCACAUGGAUAAAGAGCUCAACAUGUCAGAGAUGGAAACCCUCAGGAUGUUCGUUACCGACAGACUGACGGCAGCGGUAGACGACAUCCUGGGAGUGUUCGGUCGAACUGUAGCCCAGUACCAGGAGCUGAUAGAUCGCCAGCGGCUACAGCUGGGAGAGCUGAGGUGCGAGGAGGAGGAAGAGGGGGGCGGGAGAAACCACACCGCAAACCAGCUGCAGGCUGUCUCCUGGAUGAAACCCUACCCUGAAGAUGAGAUCAUUAGCGUCCCACUCCACCACACUGACUGGGUGGACAAGAUGGAAACUAGCACUGCUCACAUUAAAACUGAAGAAUGCAGUGAGGACAAUGAAGUGUCAAAACCAAACUCUGACUUUGAUCCAUCUGCUGUUUCCGAAACAGCAAUUGAUUGCCACGCCCUUGCUGAGUUCUCUAAGCCAGAGGACGAUGAAAACAACUCGAGAGAGGCUGCAGGGCUUUGGAACCCAGAGGAGGCAGAAAAAACAGAAGGACAAUGUUCAUCCCAUUACCCAGAGGUGAACAGCUCCACGGACAUAUUGCAGAAGAAUAAACCGACACAUCAGCCUCUGUUGGUGUUUAGUUGUAAAGUUUGUGGUGAGUCCUUCCAGAAGAAUGGUUAUCUACUCACUCAUGUGUUGGCACAUCCGACAGACUGCGGUGUGUGUGGUAAACAUCUGGAACACACAGAGAAGCUGAAGUUUCACCUCAGAGUUCACAAAGAAGCAUCUUUCUGCUGCAACGUCUGCGGGCAGAGCUUCACACUGCCGGGGAACCUGAGGAUCCACAUGAGGAUCCACUCGGGCGAGCGUCCUCAUGGCUGCACACUUUGUGGCAAGAGCUUCGGCAGAAGAGGGACGCUGGUGCGGCAUGUCCGCAGCCACACAGGCGAGAAGCCAUUCAUCUGCACAUACUGCGGCCGAGGAUUUGUAGAAAAGGGCAACCUGACGGUGCACCAGCGAACACACACCGGCGAGAGACCGUACCAGUGCUCUUUGUGUGACAGACGCUUCACCCAGCUGUCCUGCUUCUACAAACACCCCUGUCGGAUGAGAAGCCCCCCCACUGCCCCUGGCAAUCACACCUGACCACCUGAACACAAGAUGUAUUCUGUAUCAUUUCAACAGGAAUUUGUAAGUGAGCUGUAAGGGAGGAUAAUGAGUUGGUCGGGUAAAAGGCAAUCCUAGGGCAUGGUCAAACUUGUGAUUGCAUGCAAGAGACCUGCUGCUUAGCUGCUAUUGCACAGGCCAUAUGACAUUAAAUUGAUAUCAAUGUUUUUUUUUGUUUUUUUUUGCCAUGACAUUAUUAUGUCAGGGUAUAAAACAUUAAAAGAGAUAUGCUACUUAAAGCAUGAUUAUAUAUGA